AUGCGCAGGCGCCUGCUGACGGACUCUGACCCGGCCCUGCGCGACCGCCUGGUCCAGGUGCUGUUCCAGGGCAACAAGUUCCAGUGGGCGCGCCUCACAAACCUCAUCCAGCUCGCCAGGGACGGCCCCGCCAGCAGCGCCGCCAACGCCAACGGCCCGUCAGCGGCCGGCGGCCUCGACCUGUCGGACACCGUGCGCGACGCGGUGCGGCUGGUGCUGACGGACGGGAAGCUGCGCGCGCAGCUGAUCGAGGCGCUGACAGAGGACAAUCGCCUGCACGUGGACGAGGUGGCCAAGCUGGUCGGCAUGCUGGGGCCGGGCGUGGACCCCGCGCGCAUCGUGGGCUCCGUGGUGCGCGACCUGCCCACCCUGAGCCGACAGGUCAUGCUGUCGUGGGCAGACAGGGUGCUGGUGUCGUGA